AUGGUGCCAACUAUCCUGUCAAUGUUUAGUAUUGUGCUCUUUCUGCGAACGGGUUUUGUGGUGGGUCACGCCGGGCUGCUGCAGGGGCUCCUAAUGGUGGGGGUAGCGUACACCAUCAUAUCUCUCACCAUCCUGUCCAUCUGUGCCAUCUCCACAAACGGAGCCAUAAAGGGCGGAGGUGCAUACUACAUGAUCAGCCGCUCACUGGGCCCUGAGUUCGGAGGCAGCAUUGGUCUUAUGUUUUUUCUUGCCAAAGUUUGUGCGUGCGGAGAGUACGUUCUUGGUCUCGUGGAAGCCAUUUUGGAUGUGUUUGGAAAGGACUCAGAAUCCCAGUUGUCGAGCAGUGUGCAGGUCCUUCCACAGGGGUACUGGUACACGGUCCUGUACUCCUCUGGGAUCCUGCUGCUGUGUCUGAUCGUGUGUCUUGUGGGUGCACACAUUUAUUCGCGCACGGCCUUUGUCAUCCUCAUAGUGGUCACUGUGUCUUUACUGUCCGUAUUCAUCAGCUCGAUGGCUGUCAAACCCAUCAGCUUCAACAUCACACACCAGGGCCCAGGCAACACCAGCCGCCACUUCAACGGCAGCUACACCGGCUACAGCGCCAAGACCCUGCAGAACAACCUGGGCUCUGGAUAUUCACUUGAUUACAGCACCAACACCGUCAUGUCCUUUGCUACAGUUUUUGCAGUCAUGUUUACAAGUUGCACUGGAAUCAUGGCCGGUGCCAACAUGUCUGGCGAAUUGAAGACUCCGAGCGUCUCCAUUCCCAGGGGCACCAUUGUGGCCGUCCUCUACACGUUCACAGUCUAUUUCCUUCUCUUUAUGAUGGUCGCUGCCACUUGUGACAGGACUUUAUUGAUCCAGGAUUACGGGUUCCUGCAGAAGAUAAAUCUGUGGCCACCGUUCGUGACGAUUGGCAUUUACUGCGCCUCCCUGUCGGCUGCCAUGUGUGCCAUGAUUGGAGCCUCUCGUAUUCUCCACGCUCUUGCCGUGGACCAUCUCUUUGGUCUGCCGUUAGCCCCAGCUGCUGUGAAGUCCAGCUCCGGGAACCCAUGGGUGGCAGUUCUGUACACCUGGGGUCUGGCACAGUUGGUGGUUUUUGCAGGGCAGUUGAAUGCAGUGGCCAGUCUGGUGACAGUUUUCUAUCUCCUGGCCUUUGCUGCUGUAGACCUGGCUUGUUUGGCUCUUGAGUGGGCCUCAGCUCCAAACUUCAGACCCACUUUCCGGUAUUUCUCGUGGCACACUUGUCUUCUGGGUAUCCUGAGCUGCCUCGUCAUGAUGUUUGUCAUAAAUCCGGUGUACUCGUCCGGGAGCAUUGUUCUGCUGUUGAUCCUCCUGCUCUUCCUGCACUACAGAUCCCCCACCAGCAGCUGGGGCUACAUCAGCCAGGCCCUCAUCUUCCACCAGGUCCGGAAGUACUUGUUGAUGCUGGAUGUGAGGAAGGACCACGUAAAGUUCUGGAGGCCUCAGGUUCUGCUGAUGGUGGCCAAUCCACGCUCGUCCUGUCAGCUCAUCCUGUUUGUGAACCAGCUGAAGAAGGGCGGCCUGUAUGUGCUGGGCCAUGUGCAGCUGGGAGAUCUGGACUUGCUGCCGUCAGAUCCGGUGCAGCAGCAGUACAACUUCUGGCUCAGUCUUGUGGAUAAACUGGACGUCAAAGCUUUUGUGGACCUGACGCUGUCUCCAUCUGUCCGACAAGGAACUCAACACCUCCUGCGCAUCACAGGACUUGGUGGGAUGAAGCCCAACACCCUUAUCCUGGGUUUCUACGACAGCUGUAUUCCUGAAGACUUCUUCCUGCAGGACUCGGCCUUCUGCAGUGCCUCUGUGGCCCAGGACAAUGAGGAGGAUGAGUAUAACUUUGGAGUGGAUCUUCCAUCUCUGCAGGCACAUUUUCCCCCAGUGCGCCACGUGGAGAGCCCCCGCUGGCUCUCCCCCGAGGAGUAUGUGGGCAUUAUUUCAGACGCAUUAAAGAUGAGUAAGAAUGUGUGUCUGGGACGAUACUUCUUUCAGUUGGAGGGUGAGGAGAAGGACAGCAAAGUGGACGGCUCCAACCGCACCAUUGACGUGUGGCCGCUGAACCUGCUGCAGCCUGACAGCUGUGACUAUGAAGAUGUGUGCAGCCUCUUUCUGCUGCAAAUGGCCUGUGUUUUAAACAUGUCCAGCAGGUGGCGUAAUGCACGCAUGAGGAUCUUCUUGAACGUUGAGACCAUAUCUGGCAGCCAGGGCUGGGUUAUGAACGAGGAAACUUUUCGGGAGCUGCUGAAAAAACUUCGAAUCAGGGCUUCAAUUAAGAUUGUCCCCUGGGACUCGGUAGUGCAUCAUGCUGGGCCUCAGGAGGAGCCAGGCCAGCCUCUGUCGGAGGACUUCCUGACUGCAGUCAACACUCUGCUCAUAGAGCACAGCUCUCAGGCUGCAGUCCGCUUCCUCUACCUGCCCCGGCCCUCGGCAAACUCCAACCAGGCCCAACAGUACAUCAAUCAGUUGGAGACUGUGACUAACAAUUUGGGGCCAACUCUGCUGAUCCACGGUGUUACGCCAGUGACAUACACAGACCUUUGA